GGCCUGCAAAAUAACAUCAAGGAGCACAAAGGGGCGAGAAAAUAGCUGAUCGCAGGAUUUCAAUAAAAUAAUCUUAUCAGAUCGAUUCCAUCAUCUAGCGCAGCAUCAUCGGCUCAUCUUUUCUUUUCCCCGACGAGUUUGAGAACUCCAGCCAACGCGCAUCCGAUCGCCCCACACAGCAACACGAACAUGUCGGAAGCAAUAGAGACCCAGGCGCCCACAGCGUCGGCAGCAAGCGCCGUAAAGGGCAUGAAAAAGAACGGCAAGCAAUGGCACGACAACAAGAGCGCCUUCCGGCCUCGCGCAAAUCAGUCUUCUUUUGAAAAACGUACAGCAGAACGGACAGCGCUCAUGGCUGUCAAGGCCAAGGAGAAAGAAUUGAAGGAUGUGAAGGUGGCUGUGAAACAGGCUCAAGUAGACCGCAUCCGCACGAAGCGCGCAGCGAAGGAGGAGCGAGAGCGGUUCGCAAAGAUGGAGGAGAAGAUGCACAAGAAGCGCGUCGAGCGCCUGAAGAGGAGAGAGAAGCGAAACAAGAUGUUGAAGUCUUGAGCAAUAUCUGUUGUGCGCGAACAGGUUUUAUGAGGGCAAUUAGGAUUCAUUCCUAGAACUGGGAUCGCCAUUUCGGGAAGAGGUCAUGCGGUUGGAAUGGCUACCGUGCGCAGGACAAACACCCGAUCAUUCACAUAGGUACGACCUGAAGAUUCUAGACUUAAGGUGGCAGACGGCGUUCAGUUCGGGUUGAGGGCGACAGGCGUUGAGAGAACUUUUGCAUCUAUGCAGCAUCAAGAUACCACAACCUACGCAUAUCAAGCAGCAAUAGCAAGUUUGCUGCUGUUCUGUUGUCCUGUUCUCACUAUUAUAAGAUCCUUUCUCGUG